UUGCAGUCAAGAGAAACAGCAUUCAGAACCAACAAUGGCCCAGCUUGUGUCUGCACUGGGACUGUUCUGCCAGGUUCACGCGUUUGCCUGCCUGGUUGUCUGCUACCUGCUCUUCAUCGUGCUGGGAGGUCUGGUGUUCACAGCAGUGGAGAAGCCGGUGGAGAAGGAGCUGAGGGCCGAGGUGGAGGAGCUGCGACGUUCCUUCCUGCUUGAGAACCCGUGUGUGGCGGAGAGCCGGCUGAGCGAGCUGCUGGGGAAAGCUCUCUCUGCGCACCGCAGUGAUGUAGCUGUCCUGAAGGCUGACGCUGAUGAGAGACAGUAUGAUUUCACAUCGUCACUCUACUUUGUCAUUGUCACUCUCACCACUAUGGGCUCUGACUCCUACACCCCAAAAUCGGAUGAGGCCAAGCUCUUCUGCAUCUUCUACUGCACCCUGGGGAUCCCCCUCACCCUGUUCAUCCUCACCCUCCUCUCCAACUUCCUCCUCCCUGUCGUCACCCACAUUCCAGUCUCCCACCUGCACACGUACUGGGGUUUGCCCUACACCCGGGCCGCCCUCUUGCACAUCAGCCUCCUCUCGGUGCUUGUCCUCUUCCUCCUUUUCCUCCUCCCCGCCCUCCUGGUUUGUAUGGUGGAGCCCGACUGGAGCUUCCUGGAUGCUCUUUUCUUCUGCUUUGUCAUCCUAAGCACCGUUGGACAGGGAGGAAACUCUCUGGGGAGAACCUGGGGCCCAACGGCCAAGGAGACACUCAAUCUCCUCACCACAUGUUACCUGCUGGUGGGCCUGGUGGUGAUCAUUACUUUUAAGGAUACUGUCCUGCAGGUUCCCAGGGUCUGCGCAGUGAUGAGGCUCUUCUCUGGCCUUCAGUAUGCAGAGCUGGAAUGCGCCCACAUCAGUGAGCUGACAAUGAGCGAAGACAGCUGCGAGGACGAGCCUCCGUAUUCACAGUCCAUCUGCACCAUCUCCUCCACUCCACUGGAGCUGAGCAGCCCCUGUUCAGACCGACCCGCUGUUUUCAAUUAUGCACAACCCAUUUAAAUACUUAAAUACUCUAAAUAGUCCAUAUCUGUCUGAUAUUAUCAAAUCUAUGGAGUCAAAUAUUUGCCACCAGGCAGGUUCUGAGUUUGUGUGUGCGUUGAACACAAUUUAACUGCUGCUGGAUUUAAAAUAAUGUUAUAAACACACAAAGUUAGGGGAUGCAACAUCAAAACAGUUAGCUAAAAGAGGCUAAAUGCUCUGUAGAGCUAAGAGGGGCUGCAGAAUUGGUGAUAAUUCUCUGUGUGUUUGUCACUUUGAGAGAAUUCCUUCACGCUGCGCAUAAUCAAUUGACCCCAUUGUUAAAAUAAAUCUUUUAGUGCAGCUUUAAAUUUGUUUAAAAUGUUUUUCUUCUGUUCUUCUCCCUCUCUGGUGGAGCAGAAAACAGCACCGUAGUGACUAUGUCCUAUACUUAGCUGCUACUGGUUGCUAAUUUGUUUGGUGAAUUCUUUUUAAUGUGUACUUUAAUGUGAAAAAUGAUGUCCAGUCUUUUCCUCUACUUUGCAAUUUAGGGCGUUUAUUUCCUGCGUCCUUACAGCAUCCACUUCCAAUAAAUAAUAAGUCAUAUAAAGUCAAAUAAAAAACAUAAUCCGAGCACAGUUAAAAUCUGUUUGCUCCUCUUCCUCAAUUAACAACACCUGUUUGCAUCACUACAGGAACUUAAAUAACCUGAGGCCAGCAUCGGCCUUAACUCCGCAAUCUAAUGUCAUGCCCCCUGGAGGAAAACAAAUAUGGCUCCUACAAGUGCUAUCUAUGGUCAAGAAACAUUGUCCUGUUGCUACAGAGCACGUGGAGCUGGUAUCGACACAAAAACAUGAAGCCAAACAUGAACACACUUUCCAAAUGAACCUGCUCCUCAAUCCCUAUUACCAUAACAAAACUAUUACUACAAAUAAAACCAGAUAUGUUGUUUGCCUAAUUGUCCCUAUUGCUUUACAUCAUAGUGAAACACA